AUGCAGGAAUUAUCGAUACAGUGCCACAGUUUUAAAGUAUGUAAAUAUUGUGGUCAGCCAGGCCAUCACUCUCUGUUACAUAAUAUAGAGUAUAAUAUCAAAAAGAAAGAUUCCAAGGUGCCUGAAAAUAACAGCUUAAUGAAGCCGUCCACAAGCAAAGUGGCCAAUCAAACUAUGUCCAACCAUUCUACAACUACUACAAAUACACCUACAACAAUGCUACUGGCUACGGCCUCAGUGCAAGCGAAAACCAACGACGGCACACCCCCAUUACUAAGAGUGUUAUGUGAUCAAGGAUCUGAGGUAGAGAUCUGA